AUGUUUAAGGAGGUUGCCUUCGAGAACGUCGAUGUCGUUGUUGCACCGUGCGAGAAUGCUCGCUUGACGACCAAGGACGCAGCUGACUUGCGAGACGGCGGCAAGGCAGUCGUGCGAUUCCAUCAUCCAGGAGAGGAGGGUUUCAGCAUUGUGGCCGGCGCGUGCGACGACAAGGAUGCACUUCACGACGCUCACUUCAUCAGUGGUGACGCUUGGAUGUCAAAGUGCUGCCACUGCAUUCACUGUGAGACGCUUCGUGUGCUCUCGCGGUAUUCGGAGAUGUGUGCGCAGCGGAAUAUAUUCCCCGUCAUCGUCCUCGUGGACCUUGACAACUUUGGUUUCAAUCAGUUCAAGUCCAUCCCGCCGUACGCCGACGUCAAAGUGCUCGAUCACGCGCUCGUGUGGUGUUUCUUCGGCUCGUGUUUCACACGACAUCACCAUGCGUGGCCGAGUGCGCAGACCGUCUGUGAGCCGCUGCCGAAUCGCGUGGUGUCGGUAAAUGCUGCCGGCACCACCAAGCGCUCCAUCUGGGAGAUCUUGGUGGAGAAACAACAGGUCUUUUUCACACCGUGUGGUGGCCAAGCGCAAGCGGCUGAUCAUGUCAUGUAUCGCGUGCUGCAAGCGCUACAGGGAAUAGAGACGGUGUGUCUUACAGGCGAUGUGAAGUUCAUCAACGAAAUCUAUCGCAGCCGUCGUUUGCUCGGCAUGAAGGCGCUCCGGCACAAUGAGGAGGAAUUGUGCGAUAGGCUGACGGUGAUCAACGUGGACGACAUGGACAAGAGGUUUGUGCCGGUGUGGCGGUCACUGUGCCAUCGCCUUCGCGGAGCUGUGCGCGAUGCCGGUGCGACGAGCGGCAACGAUAACAGUGACGAGCGACGGCUGCGACGCUAA